AUGGAAGUCAUCCCACAGUACAAGGACGAGCCUAUUCCCACUCAGAUCGACAUUGUUUACCAGGUUCUAUAUCCUAUACUCGAAACGCGGAGGGCGGAAAUCGAGCAGACAAAGCGAAGGACAUUUAAAUAUGGCGAGACUGAUCGCCAUCAGCUCGAUGUAUAUUACCCAAGCACGACUCCCACAGGCAAAGCCCCUGUGCUUUUCUUCAUCUAUGGUGGAGGGUACCACUCUGGAGAUAGGCAGAUGGCCGCCCCGCGUGACCUAGUUUACGCUAAUGUCGGUGCAUUCUUCGCGAGGCAAGGACUCGUCGUUGUCAUCCCGGAUUAUCGCAUCCUCCCAAACAUGAAGUUCCCGGACCCCGCAGUCGAUGUCAAGGAUGCCAUCGCCUGGGUCGCUAACCAUGCGGACGAAAUCAACGCGGAUGCUUCUGUCGAAGCGGAUGUUAAUCACCUCUUCAUCGCAGGCCAUUCUGCCGGCGCGGCUAUCGUCACGACCACACUUCUGUUGCCCGACUUCUUCCCAGCUGACCUGAAACAGCGAGUACGCGGCGUUAUCCUGAAGGGUGGCGGAUAUCACUUCCAGACAAAGACGCCCUCACUCCCACCGGCGGCUAUCUCUGCAUACUUCGGGUCUGACGAGGACGUGUUGAGGAACCAACCCCUUUCCUUACUGAAGAACGCAUCCGAUGAUGCAGUUCAAAGCUUGCCAGAGGUGACGACAUACGUGAGCGAGUAUGAAGUUCCGGCCAUCAGAGAAUCGUCCAUCGAGUUCUACAAGGUGCUUGGCGAUAGGCGGGGCAAGCCUGUUCCGGCGGGGGUCUUGGCCGGUCACAAUCAUAUCAGUCCGCACGUUGCGCUGUGCACCGGUCAGGGCGAAGAGUGGGCAGUCGAAGUUGCGAGUUGGGUGAAGGCAAGAGUUCCGAGGUAA